CUCCCUCCUUUGUUUAAGUGCUGUCCCUGUGUGUGACUGUAUCAGCUCCUAUCCUGACUCGCCAUCUGACAACUUCAUUAGAAAGUAAUCUAAAUGAUGUUAUUCACACCCUCCAUUAUAUCAUUAUAUCAUCUGCAGCAAUUUGUAUAAUGGCAUCAGACCUGAUAAAAUGAUGUCAUUUGUUUCAUGAUGUCAUCAUUCAAACGGGAGAAAUUUUCAUGAUGCCAUACUUUUCAAAGCAAUGAAUAUCGCUCAGUAGUAGUACUAUUUCUGCCCAACUAGUUUAUUAAAUGAGACUUCAAGGGACGUGAUUACAGGUAAGUGUUUUGUAAUGCAUCACGGGUGUCAAACUCGAUGGAGUCACAUGACAUAUGAUAUAUCGUGACUUUUGCCUUUGCAGAGCCGGGGUGGGCGUGGCCUGUGCUUGAUGCAUUCAGGCCACAGGCUGCCAGUUUGACACCCCUGUAAUACAUACACGAGCACAAGCAUUGGUUGAAUUUCCAACAUUUGUUAAACAAAACACAUCCCAAGUAGUAAAAGUAUAUCUACUUAAGCUGACCUUCCUCACCCUAAAACAAUUAAAUGCAGACAUCUGGAAUUUGUUCUCCUUUAAGUAAGUAUACUGGAGAUCCUAAAUCAGGAACUAGAUGUGAAUAAUCUAAUCUUUCUAUGUUUAUGCUGCAAACAGGGGAAAAAAGAAUCUGAUGGCAAUUUUAAGCACUGGAAUUUUAUUACACCAUAAAAAGUAAAACAGAAUCCAGUUCAUCCAAUGCAUAAAUAAAGUGUUAUCCUCUACACAUGGUACAGAGGGAAAAUGUAAGCAAGUGGAAAUUAGAUUUAAACAGGUCAGAAGGAAGUUUGAACGUGAAAGAAUUCCAAACUAUCAGGACCAUUCGUUACUACAGACACUGAUUAAAGCAGAUUAGCUAAGCAAAUUAAUUUCCCGCUUUGUUGAUAUAUGUCUAACAAAUAAACCAGGUUUCUUUUUGCACCGGCGCAACUUGUUUUGAAGCAAGAUGACAAUCAUUGUAUUUGCAUAAUAAUGACACGAGAUCGGACGUAAAAAAAGAAAAAAGCCAAUCAGGACGGAGCAGGGUGAGCGACAGGUAAAAAUCGAAUCCCGGCUUCGCGCCAGCUAACUAUAUUUCCCAGAAUGCCAAGCGAGACGAAACGGACAACCUACCCAAUUCCCGGAGGUUCCUGGCCCCCCUCCCUCACCGCCCGCCGCGCGAUGUCAUUGGGUCGUAACUCUUGACUGAUCCCUCGGUCGGCCCAGCCCGCGCCCAAUCCCGUCCAGCCUGGGACUCUAGGCGAUGGCCGCGGCCGGGAUCCUCCUGGCCGCCGCUCUGGGGGGCGGGUUGCUCUUCAUCGUGCGCUGCUUCUCUUCCGUGGCCAGAAAAAUCGCGCUGAAGAUGCCGGCCGGCGGCCCGAUGGAAGGCAAGACUGCCAUCAUCACCGGGGCCAACAGCGGCUUGGGGCGGGCCACGGCGGCCGAGCUGCUACGGCAAGGCGCGAGGGUCAUCAUGGCCUGCCGGGACUGCGGCCGCGCGGAGGAAGCCGCCCGCGAGCUCCGCGCCGAAGUGGGCCUCUGCUCGCGCGGGGGGGGCGAGUGCCGCGGGGAGCUGGUGGUGCACGAGCUCGACCUGGCUUCGCUCCGCUCCGUGCACAGCUUCUGCCAGCAGGUGCUGCAGGAAGAGCCAAGGUUGGAUGUCCUGAUCAACAAUGCUGGGAUAUUCCAGUGUCCUUAUAUGAAGACUGAGGAUGGUUUUGAGAUGCAGUUUGGCGUCAAUCACUUAGGUCACUUUUUGCUCACAAAUCUUCUCCUUGGUCUUCUAAAAAGUUCUGCUCCCAGCAGGAUUGUAGUGGUAUCCUCCAAGCUUUACAAAUAUGGAGAAAUCAACUUUGAUGACUUAAAUAGUGAACUAAGUUAUAACAAAAGCUUUGCCUAUAGUCGAAGUAAACUGGCCAACAUACUGUUUACCAGGGAGUUAGCCCGACGCAUACAAAACACAGGUGUCACUGUGAACGUAUUACAUCCUGGUAUUGUCAGAACAAAUCUAGGUAGGUAUAUACAUAUUCCUUUAUUAGCCAAGCCCCUUUUCAAUUUGGUAUCUUGGGCAUUCUUCAAGUCUCCAUCAGAAGGAGCUCAGACCAUUGUUUAUCUGUCGGCUUCUCCUGAAGUAGAGGGUGUAUCUGGGAAAUACUUUGGAGACUGCAAGGAGGAGCAGUUGUUGCCCAAGGCCGCGGAUGACUUGGUUGCAAGAAAAUUGUGGGAUAUCAGUGAAGUGAUGGUGGGGUUAUUAAAAUAACCUAGAAGAAGCACUUUAUUGAAACAAUGUUCAAAGCUAUUUUUGAGACUUCCGUUAUUUUCCUCGCACUUUAUCCCCUUGGCUUUUGAGACACUUAUUUUGGGAUUCAGAGCAGAGCAGAGUGUCGAUUCUUGAUUCUUUCCACCUUUUUUAAAGAAACUAAACUUUCCAUUGAAAGAAAAAAUAAUAUUUAAUGAAAAGAGUUAGAGUAUAAAAAAAAUGUUAAUAUAUUUCAGGAUAGAUAUAGAUAUAGAUAUAACUCUUCGGUGAAAAUGAAAGAAUAAAAAAAAGGAAGAAUGGCUAUUUUCAAAUUGCGUGCUCAGAGUUCAGUGCUUCGUACCUGAAUUAGCUGUGCGUGGUGCUAUAUUUGAAAUGUGUUGCAGCAAUGUUCUAUUAAAGAAAACAACAACAACUAAGAGACCUAUUUUCUAUGUCUCAUUCAGUGUGGCCUACAUUUCUGCUUUUGAAUAGGAAGCCUGGUCAAAAACUGUAAAGAGAAAACCUGGCUUGUGAUCCCCCGUACUAGCCUUUCUGCUCUGCCAUGGAAGCCGCCUAGGGCUUUAUGGUUGCACUAUGGUUAAUCAUCUACGUAGCAUCUGUAUUUGCAAAGCAUUUCCACUUGUAUUUGCCCCACAAGACCUUAUUCUGAAGCAUUUGUUUGUCUCACCGAAUCUUAUCCUUUAAAACGGGUGAAAUGUAAAAUUUGUUUACUACCGUUUCUGUGGGCGUGGCUUGGGGGGGUAAUGUGACUGGGUGGGCAUGGCCAACUUUUUUUUUUUCCUUUAAAAGCAUUUUUCUCUACAACCUCUU